AUGGGACAUAACAUUAAUGAGUAUAAACUUAUCCCUGAAAAUUUCAAGGCUUCAAAGGCUGCCAAAGAAGCAAGAGAAAUAUUCUUCGAAAGAAACAUAAUCGUUACUGAAGAAGAGCUAUUACUGCGACAAAAGUUGAAUCGUGAACAACAGAUGGCAUACAAUGUAAUUAUAGACAGAAUAUCUUCAAACAAAGCAGGAGCUUUUUUUGUUGACGGUCCUGGAGGAACAGGUAAAACUUUUUUAUAUCGUGCCUUAUUAGCUACUGUGCGAUCUAAAGGAUUUAUUGCUCUAGCAACAGCAACCUCUGGAAUUGCGACUUCGAUUCUUCCAGGUGGCCGUACAGCUCAUUCCCGUUUUAAAAUUCCCAUUGACAUUGAUGAAAACUUUAGUUGCAAUAUUAGCAAAAAAAAGUUCACUUGCCUGUUUGAUUCGAGAUGCAAAAUUAAUUGUAUGGGAUGA